GGGAAUGGGCCGGGAAGACUCGUCAGCAGCUCCAUCAGGGUCUGGAGAAAGGCAGAGACCGGAGGAGCGCUCCCCAGAAGGAGCCAAGGCAGAGGGCCUCGCACUGGGGCCACCUCGCCCCAGCUGCCUGCCCUGCGGCGCUCCGCUGGGGGUCUUCGUCCCGCACUACAACUCCCGGGGUGCACCGCGCCGGCCAUCGCCGCCACGCCCCUUCUCCCGCACCACCCCAGUCCCCAUCCCCCCCGCCUCCAGUCCCCGACCUGCAGCAGCCCGAGCUCCCGGAGAGGAGCCGGGUGGGGAGGGGAGCGGGGCAGGAGGCCCAGCAGGAGACAGCAGCGGUACUGCGGCCUCUCCCCACCGGGCGGUUCGGGAAUCCACGGGACACCGACCCUCCCUCUCUAGACUUGGCUUCAUCCUUCUUGCUUUCACCCUCCCCACCCUUCCCUGGACCGCCGCCCUCUCCUCACUCCCGGACGGCCCUUCUCGGCGUUCCUCUUCUCUAGGGAGAUGCGAUGAGCUGGUGUUCCCGCGUCCUCAUCGCCGCCCCGGGCACGGGGCCCGUCCGGUGCCCGUGGUGGGAAGGGAGCACCCCGCGGUCCCCCCGUGACGCCCCUCGCUCGGGCCCCCCCCCAGCUGGCGUCCCUGGGCCAUGCCCCACGGGACCCAGCCAGGGGGUGGGCUCUAGAGCGAGGGGGGUGGAGAAGAGAAAGGACGGGGCCUUGGGCGCCUCUGAGAUGCUCCCAAGCGCCAAGGGGGCCCGAGCGAGGCACAGGCAACCAGGCGGCAGGCAUGAUGCCUUCGCCUAGCGACUCCAGCCGUUCGCUGACCAGUCGGCCCAGCACGCGGGGCCUUACCCACCUUCGCCUCCACCGACCCUGGCUGCAGGCCCUGCUCACGCUGGGGCUGGCCCAGGUUCUCCUGGGCAUCCUGGUGGUCACCUUCAGCAUGGUGGCCUCCUCUGUUACCACCACUGAGAGCAUCAAAAGGUCCUGCCCAUCUUGGGCUGGGUUCUCGCUGGCGUUCUCUGGGGUGGUUGGCAUCGUGUCCUGGAAGCGGCCGUUCACUCUAGUGAUCUCCUUCUUCUCCUUGCUUUCGGUGCUCUGUGCCAUGCUCAGCAUGGCUGGCUCUGUUCUCUCCUGUAAGAAUGCUCAGCUGGCCCGAGACUUCCAAGAGUGCUCCAUGGAUGGAAAGGUCUGUGUGUGCUGUCCCUCUGUCCCCCUACUCCGGCCCUGUCCUGAGUCAGGGCAGGAGCUGAAAGUUGCCCUCAACUCCACCUGUGAGGAAGCCCGAGGAGCCCUCAAGAACCUGCUCUUCAGUGUCUGUGGGCUCACCAUCUGUGCCGCCAUCAUCUGUACCCUCUCGGCUAUCGUCUGCUGCAUCCAGAUCUUCUCCCUGGACCUUGUGCAUGCGCAGCUGGCCCCUGAGCGCUCAGUCUCAGGCCCCCUGGGGGCCCUGGGCUGCACGUCCUCGCCCCCAGCCCCUCUCCUACACACCAUGCUGGACUUGGAGGAAUUUGUACCGCCCGUGCCCCCGCCACCCUACUACCCCCCAGAGUACACCUGCAGCUCAGAAACGGACGCACAGAGCAUCACAUACAACGGCUCCAUGGACAGCCCGGUGCCCUUGUACCCAACUGACUGCCCUCCCUCUUAUGAGGCCGUCAUGGGGCUACGAGGAGACAGCCAGGCCACGCUGUUCGAUCCCCAGCUGCAUGACGGCUCCUGCAUCUGCGAGCGAGUGGCCUCUAUUGUAGAUGUGUCGAUGGACAGCGGGUCUCUGGUACUGUCAGCCAUUGGUGACCUCCCCGGGGGCUCCAGCCCUUCCGAGGACUCGUGCCUGCUGGAGCUGCAGGGCUCCGUGCGCUCUGUUGACUACGUGCUCUUCCGCUCCAUCCAGCGCAGCCGCGCGGGCUACUGCCUCAGCCUGGACUGCGGCCUGCGGGGCCCCUUUGAGGACAGUCCCUUGCCACGGCGGCCCCCGCGGGCUGCCCGCUCCUCCUCCUGCUCUGCUCCUGAGGCCCCACCCCCACUGGGUGCCCCCACAGCUGCCCGCAGCUGCCACCGGCUGGAGGGCUGGCCGCCCUGGGUGGGAGGCUGCUUCCCUGAGCUGAGGCGGCGGGUCCCCCGGGGAGGCAGUCGCCCAGCCGCGGCCCCUCCCAGCCGAGCCCCCACUCGCCGCUUCAGCGAUAGCUCAGGUUCCCUCACCCCACCACCGGGGCACCGGCCUCCUCAUCCGGCUCCCCCGCCACCGCUGCUGCUGCCACGGUCCCACAGCGACCCAGGCAUCACCACCUCCAGCGACACUGCUGACUUCAGGGACCUUUAUACCAAAGUGCUUGAGGAAGAAGCUGCUUCCGUUUCCUCUGCAGAUACAGGGCUCUGCUCUGAAGCCUGCCUCUUCCGCCUCGCCCGCUGCCCUUCCCCCAAGUUGCUACGUGCCCACUCAGCCGAAAAACGGCGCCCUGUGCCCACCUUCCAGAAGGUUCCCCUGCCCUCUGGCCCUGCACCUGCCCACUCCCUGGGGGACCUGAAGGGCAGCUGGCCAGGGCGGGGCCUGGUCACUCGUUUCCUCCAGAUGUCCAGGAAGUCCCCGGACCCCAGUGGGACUGGAGUCCAUGGACAUAAGCAGGUGCCCCGGAGCCCUUGGGGCCGGCUAGGCCGAGAGAGCCUCCACCUUCGCAGCUGCGGUGAUCUGAACUCCGGCUCCUCCCUGCGGCGCCUCCUGUCUGGCCGCCGGCUAGAGCGUGGUACUCGUCCCCACAGCCUCAGCCUCAACGGGGGCAGUCGGGAGACUGGGCUCUGACCCGAGCUUGUCACACUGAACGGAUGCAGAUGAACGCUGGGGCCACAGGCACCAGCUGGUUGGGACCAGCAGCCCCCAGCGCCCCCUUGCACUGGCUGGCACAAAAAGAAACCUGCUAUACACGCCCAAAAGUGACCCUUUCCCUCCUACCUCUGGGGGCUCCUGCCGCUUGCCUCUGCCCUGCCCUCUGGAAUGGGAGAGCUUCUGUUCUGUCUGCGUGGGUAUUCAGGCUGUGCAGGGAGGGGCCCCUGCUUCCAGCAUGGGAGGGGGAAAGUGACAACCCCCAAUUCCUGUCCCCCAGCUUGAGAGUGAUGCUUUCUGACCUGCAGGGGCAUUCAGGGCAAAGGUCAGGGCAAGGCAUGUCCCAGUGUUUAAGUAUCAGGGGACACGUGCCUGUGCGAUGGGGUGGCGAGGCAGCCAUGGAGCAUCAGACUGAUGGGUGGCCUCUCAGCUCUGCCACCUCUAGCUGCAUGACCUCGGGCAAGUUAUUUAACCCCAAUUGCCUGAUCCAUGAGACAUUGUGAAGAUGACUGUUUGUAAAGCUCCGAACACACUAAGUAAGCCUUCAAUAAAUUUCAAUGGUUCCCUUCUUUCCUGGA